UUCAGUUUCCAAGAAAAAUGGCUUCUGAUACAAAAACAUGGUUAAUUUUGCAUCUUCUUUUCUUGAUUGCAUGUUACAUGCAACAUUGUGUCAAUGGAGAAUCGUCUCAAGUGCCUUGCCUUUUCAUAUUUGGAGACUCUUUCUCUGACAGUGGAAAUAACAACUAUAUUCCAACAAUUGCAAAAGCUAAUUACCCACCAUAUGGAAUUGAUUAUCCAGAUGGCCCAACAGGAAGAGUUACUAAUGGAGAAACACAAGUUGACAUAAUUGGUAACCUUCUUGGAUUUGAGAAACCCAUCCCACCAUUUGAAAAUAUUAACGGCUCAGAUAUACGUAAAGGAGUUAACUAUGCAUCUAGUUCGGCUGGAAUUCGUAAUGAAACCGGAAAACAAACCAUGCGUACUAAUAUCGACUUGGGACAACAGAUAGAAAAUCACAAAAGCAUUGUUGCUCAAAUUGCUAGCAAGACUAUAGGUGUUAUAAGUCCUUUGGAAUAUCUGAAAAAGUGCUUGUAUUUUGUUUAUAUAGGCACCAAUGAUUAUGCACUAAAUUAUUUUCAGCCUCAAUUUUACCCAACAAGUAGUACCUAUAGACCCGAACAGUAUGCUCAAGUUCUGUCGAACCAGUUAUCCGAUUAUGUAGAGGAUUUGUAUGAUCUUGGGGCAAGAAAAUUUGUGGCAGUUGGGUUGGGGAAAAUAGGCUGCACUCCAAUGGCCCUAAACAAUACUAUAACCGACUUCAAAAGAUCAAAAUGUGUUGAAAGGCUAAAUGAUAUAGAAGCAAUGUAUAGUCACAGGCUAAGAUCUCUAGUAAAUCAGUUCAAUACCAAACAUCAAGAUUCCAAAGCUAUUUUUGUUAAUACUACUGCAAUUGGAUUAGACAGUUCACUUGAAAGUUCAGUACUUGGUUUUACCAAUUUUAAUCAAUCUUGUUGUCCAACGAUGUCCGAUGGAUUUUGUGUUCGUGAUUCGACACCAUGCGCGAAUAGAGAUGAAUAUAUUUAUUAUGAUGGAAUUCAUCCCACAUCAGCUGUGAACAACAUCACUGCAUCUCUUGCAUAUGAUAGUACUGAUCAUCCAGAGAUAACUUCUCCAAUGGAUAUUAAACAUCUUGCUCAACUUGUUAUAUAAAAUAGUUUGAGUAUCAAUUGAGCCCUAAAUAAACUCAACUUGUUUGCAUUAUGAAACUAUAAGCUCACUUUAUAAUUAUGUGUAAGCAAUAAUAAAUAAGCAAUCAUGCAUUGAGUAAAAUAAAUUUGGAUUGAUGUUAUGAUCCUUUGUAUUGUCUGAGUGGCUUAGUUUGAUGUUGGACUCAGUUCUUGUAAAUGUAAUAAAUGAUGGAAUGAUGUAAAAUAGAUUU